AUGAAGUCCAAACUGAGAGGAUUUAGACUGAGAAGGAGCGAAGCGAAGGACAAAAUUGACUCCUUGCUUCCUGCUCAGUUAGAUGAGCUUGCUCAAGCUGGUCAGGAUAUGCAAGACAUGAGAAAUUGCUAUGAUAGUUUACUUUCCGCAGCUGCUGCAACAGCAAACAGUGCUUAUGAAUUCUCCAAUUUGACUUCAUCUGCACUUUCAGAAUUCUCAGAGUCAUUGCGGGAAAUGGGUUCUUGUCUGUUGGAGAAAACAGCACUACAUGAUGAUGAAGGAAGUGGUAGGGUUUUGCUACUAUUGGGGAAAGUGCAGUUUGAACUUCAAAAACUUGUUGAUAGUUAUCGGUCUCAUAUAUUCCUGACGAUUACAAAUCCAUCGGAAUCCCUGCUCAAUGAACUUCGGACGGUUGAGGAUAUGAAGCGACAAUGUGAUGAAAAAAGAAAUGUCUAUGAAUACAUGGUGGCACAACAGAAGGACAGAGGAAGAUCAAAAGGUGGGAAAGAUGAAAGUAUUACUUUGCAACAAUUGCAAACAGCUCAUGAUGAAUAUGAUGAGGAGGCAACCCUGUGUGUUUUUCGGUUGAAAUCUCUGAAACAGGGACAGUCUCGAAGUCUUCUAACACAGGCAGCUCGUCAUCACGCUGCUCAGUUGAAUUUCUUUCAGAAGGGACUUAAAUCACUUGAGGCAGUUGAGCCACACGUAAGACUGGUUACAGAACAUCAACACAUUGAUUACCAUUUCACUGGACUUGAAGAUGAUGGUAGAGAAGAUGGUGAGGAUGAUGGCGAGGAUGGCGAUGUUACAAAUGAAGGCAGGGAACUGAGUUUUGAUUACAGAGCAAAUAAUCAGGGGCCUGUUGUUGUUUCUGCAGCAAGGAAUUCUAUGGAGGUGGAUGAAGAGGACCUUUCAUUCCCCCAAGCUUCAGCAGCAGAAAAUGUAGAGUUAAACCCAGACAGAAACCAUGGUGGUUUCCAUUUCCCAAGCAGAGAACCAAGAGGAGGCAGCCAUUCAGCACCAAUAUUUCCAGAACGAAAACCUGAUCCAGUUGAAAGAAUAAGACAAAUACAGCAAGCAUCAAAGAAGUCCAACACAUAUGUGCUGCCCACACCUAUUGAUGCAAAGGGUGCAAACUCUUCGAGAACAAGUGGUUCAGUUCCCAACACAAGGCAAACAGACAUCAGUGGACGCACGAACAAUUUGUGGCACUCUUCUCCGUUGGAACAGAAGAAGAAUGAGAGAGAUUCUGGCGAAGGUCACCUGUCAGAUUUUGCUCCUUUAAAAGCACGCUUAGCACAUAAAGAGAGCAACAACCCUAAUGCCCCCAGCCAAUUUCCUCCCCCUUUAGUUGGUGGAAUCUCAUCUCCACAGCUUGAUGUAUGCAAUGCUUCUGAUAACAAAAAAAUUAAACGGCAGUCUUUCUCUGGUCCAAUAACCAGUAAGCCAUGGUCAAUGAAGCCUGCUUUAUCAUCCAGUGGUCCCAUUUCCUCUGCUGAACUUUCACAACAAGUUUCUGGAAUGCUUGCUCGUGUAGCAAAUCCUCAGCCUUCAUCCCCCAAAGUAUCUCCAAGUACAUCACCUCCUCUUGUUUCUUCACCCAGGAUAAGUGAGCUUCAUGAACUUCCAAGGCCACCAGGUAAUUUAGCCACCAAAGCUGCAAAAUCUUCUGUGCCGAUUGGACACUCUGCUCCAUUGGCCAGAAAUUCAGAGCUUUCUGGAACUAGCAAGAUUUCUGCUGGGGCAGCAAAUUUGGCUUCACCUCUUCCCACACCACCCUUGAUAGUCCCACGGAGUUUCUCAAUACCCUCAGGUAGUCAGAGAGCAAUGUCCAUACAUGUUUCUAAGCUUUUGGAUUCUUCUCAAGUACCAGAUAAACCUGGGGAGGUCGAUUCCCCUCCAUUGACGCCUAUUUCCCUCGCAAAUAUGAGGCCAGCACCUGCCAUUUCUGAACCGAUACCGAAUUCUGGUCAAAUUAGAGGUACUAUUUUGCGGCCAAGACGUGUGGAGAAAACAUCGGAUGGAUUUGAGGAGAUAGGAUUAGGAUUUCCAAUAACGGUAAGAGGGAUGGAAAUCGAGAUUCUAAGAGGAAGUGAGGAAGAGGAAACCGAGAUUGAAGAAACUAGGGUUGGGUUAGAAGUUUAA